CCCCCCUGUCCAUGCUGGCCAUCGUGGCUUUGGGCACCGGCCUCACCUUUGUUAUGUUUGGCAUCUCCAGCUUCCUCAUCUUCAGGAAGCUGAUGCUGGAGAAGGAGCUUGCCAGCAUGCUAUGGAGAAUCCGCUGGGAUGAGCUGCAGUUCGGGAGCCCCGAGCGGUACCACAAGGCAGCAGGCAGCCGCCUCACCCUGUCCCUGCGUGGCUCCAGCUACGGCUCCCUGAUGACCACCCAUGGCAAGUACCAGAUCUUUGCCAACACCGGUCACUUCAAGGGCAACGUAGUGGCCAUCAAGCACAUCAACAAGAAGCGCAUCGAGCUGACGCGGCAGGUGCUCUUUGAGCUGAAACACAUGCGGGACAUCCAGUUCAACCACCUGACCCGCUUCAUUGGGGCAUGCAUUGACCCCCCCAACAUCUGCAUCGUCACCGAGUACUGCCCACGGGGCAGCCUGCAGGAUGUCCUGGAGAAUGAGAGCAUCAACCUGGACUGGAUGUUCCGCUACUCCCUCAUCAACGACAUUGUCAAGGGAAUGGCCUUCCUGCACAACAGCAUCAUUGGCCACCACGGCAGCCUCAAGUCAUCCAACUGCGUGGUGGACAGCCGGUUCGUGCUGAAGAUCACCGACUACGGGCUGGCCAGCUUCCGUUCACCCUGCGACGGCGAGGACACGCACGCUCUCUAUGCCAAGAAGCUGUGGACGGCCCCAGAGCUGCUGCAGAAGGGGUGUCUGCCUACCCCGGGCAUGCAGAAAGCAGAUGUCUACAGCUUCGGCAUCAUUGUGCAGGAGGUCGCCCUGCGCAAUGGCCCCUUCUACAUUGAGGGCAUGGACCUGAGCCCCAAAGAGAUUGUGCAGAAGGUGCGUAACAGCCAGAAGCCCUUCUUCCGCCCCUCCAUCGACAUCGGGGUGCACAGUGAGGAGCUGGCAGUGCUGAUGGAGCGCUGCUGGGCGCAGGAGCCAGCUGAGCGCCCCGACUUCAGCCAGAUCAAGAUCUUCAUCCGUAGAUUCAACAAGGAGGGCAGCACCAGCAUCCUGGACAACCUGCUGUCACGCAUGGAGCAGUAUGCCAACAACCUGGAGAAACUGGUGGAGGAGCGGACGCAGGCCUACCUGGAGGAGAAGCGCAAGGCGGAGAACCUUCUCUACCAGAUUCUGCCCCACUCUGUGGCAGAGCAGCUGAAGCGCGGGGAGACGGUGCGGGCGGAGGCUUUUGACAGCGUCACCAUCUACUUCAGCGACAUCGUGGGUUUCACUGCCCUCUCGGCGGAGAGCACCCCCAUGCAGGUCGUGACGCUGCUUAACGAUCUCUACACUUGCUUCGAUGCCAUCAUCGACAACUUUGACGUUUACAAGGUGGAGACCAUCGGGGAUGCCUACAUGGUGGUGUCGGGGCUGCCGGUGCGCAACGGGAAGCUGCACGCCCGUGAGAUUGCUCGCAUGGCCCUGGCCCUGCUCGAGGCUGUCAAAACCUUCAAGAUCCGGCACCGGCCCAAUGACCAGCUCCACCUGCGCAUUGGCAUACACACCGGUCCUGUGUGCGCUGGCGUCGUCGGUCUGAAGAUGCCACGGUACUGCCUCUUUGGGGACACAGUGAACACCGCGUCCCGCAUGGAGUCCAACGGCCAGGCUCUGAAGAUCCACGUCUCGUCCACCACCAAGGAAGUCCUGGAUGAGUUCGGCUGCUUCGAGCUGGAGCUGCGUGGGGACGUGGAGAUGAAG